AGCUAUACCCGCCCGUCACGAUGGCUACUUUAGACAUCGAUGGCAUCCGUGCCGAGAUGGAGCGCAUGGACGCUAUACGGAAGGCAUUCGAAAAACUUAAAGCAGAAAUCACUGAACGAAUAGUAGAUGGUUAUGGUCGUUCGUGUGUUAUGAAACGGUUGGACGCGGUUGAGGCGGUGGUUUUCAACCGAAAGGAAGAGAUGUUUAAUCCGGAUUUUAAACUUCUAAUCAUCGGGAGUGGGCGGACUGGUAAGCUGUCAUUGGUGCGCCGGCUAGUGCAUGGGGACUUCUGUACAGAUUUGGGAGAUCGUGUCAACAACGAAUUGCGACCUCUGAGUGGUGAAAAGAUGGAGGAGAAGGUCGUGUUAAACAACAAGCCAAUCAAACUGGCCGUUGCGGUACACAAUGGGUUCCCCUCACCGCAGGUGGUGUCAUGGGCUGAGGCCGUCAUUCUGGUUUUCACCGUGAAGAGCAAAGAAUCCUUUGAUAAGGCCGCCAGCAUCUAUCAACGGGUACAUCAUUACAAAGAAGACGCUAAAAUGCUACUGGUCGGAACGCAAGCAGACGAUUCACAAGACGCAAAUGAUCCGGGCACUCAACGUGCCAUUCCAAUGGUCGAGGGCAAACGUCUCGCUCACGACAUGAACCAGAUUCCAUACAUAGAGACGAGUGCUCGAACCGGAUACCAUGUAAGCAUGGUCUUCCAGGAGGCCGUACGAGCGGCACAGAAGGGCAAAGAGUUGCAGGCACAAGCUGCGACCAAAACCAAACGCGACAAGUUCAAAGUGAUGGGGGGGCAGAACAAAGAUAAAAAGGGCGGGGGCAAUGCAAACAUGCUCACGCGCAAUCUACCGCGACCCCAUCGAACCAUCCCAGCCAAGCAAGGGUGGCUGUUUAAACAGGGCGACAACGUGGUCAAAGAGUGGCGUAAGAAGUACUGUGUGGUGGGUAAGGGGCUGUUGCUGUACUACUCCUCCGUGCUCGACUACUACAACGACGAGAGCUCCAAGGUCAUUGAUCUCAAGCACUGCUCCGUGAAGCCUCUGGCCAUGACACCCGCCACUCGCAGAGCACCGCCACCCCCCCCGGCCAACACCGCCCCGUAUUCGCCUACUGCCAAAACAGACCCACCGGCUGCCACAGUUAGCAGCAAGAGUCUCGGACUGAGUCUGGAUGCUACCGGUCUUAUGCCUGCUACUACAGAAACACUGCACGAAGCGGACGAGAACGCCUUUGGGGUGAUACCCGGCAUGACAAAGGAAAAGCAUACGCGCUCACAGAGCACAGUCACACCGGGUACCACGCUGCUGAAUAGUGAUAUGGUGGUGGCCAAUGGGAAUGCCCUGCAGAAGGGGUUCAAACACAGCUCAAUUGGUCCGACCUCGGGCACGGCGACCAGGAAGAAGACGGACCAGCAGGCAUACGCAGGCAAUGCGCAUACGAGCAGCAAAUGCGCCGCCACAGCGCCCAUAGUCACAAACGCACCGUUUGAGGAGGUGAUGAAGGAUGGGGUGAUGCGGAGCGAAUCGUAUGACGGCGGGAAUACGAGUGGCAUUGACUCCGGUGUGGAACAUGUCGACGGGAGGGCUGGCACAAACGUUUCGUCACAUGCACGGUCUUAUUCGCAUUCUACCACGCAGACGCCGACCGGAUCCGACCAGAACAUCUCGUUUGUCCCUGACUCGACUACCACAAGCACCACAAGCAUAAAGAAGGACGGCAAGGACAAGGAUAAGGAUAAAGACAAAGACGGUGGCAAGCAGUCCAAAAUGAAUAACCAGGGCUCCGGGAUGAUCAGCCAGGGCAAACGGCGUGCACGCACACAGUUCAAACGCAAAGGUAGCGUGCACGACGCUGCUGAGGGCCUCAAUGCACUGAGCGCAGCUGGCGAGACUGGAGAAUCGCCUGGAGGUUCUGGAGGUGUAUCGACGAAUAUGACACCCACAUUUGCAAACGAUCCCGCCACUAUGCGCCAACACAGCGGGGUGUCACAGUACGACCCCUCUCUGGGGAUACGCAUUGUAUCGCUGGAGGGCAAGAGCUGGACGUUCAUGUGCCAGAGCGUCAGCGAAAAGCACGAGUGGAUGCAGAUACUGCAAGACCAGAUUCUGGAAGGUCUAACUGGCAACAUAUCGGCCAAGCGGAGUGGAGUCACGGGCGCUGAGUUGGAUGCAGCGAUUGAUGCGAUCCACCAGGUAGCUGGGAAUGAUGUGUGCGCAGAGUGUGGUACACUCAAUCCCGAGUGGGCGAGUAUUAAUCUGGGCAUCUUGAUCUGCAUCGAGUGUUCUGGUAUACAUCGCAAUCUGGGUGUACACGUGUCGCGGGUUAGAUCGCUGGCGCUCGACGACUGGAGUGCGAGUGUGGUGGAGUUGAUGAAGGUGAUUGGCAACAAAAAUUCUAAGGCUCAGUGGGAAAGCAGGGUCAACAAGGGGGGGGCGGAGGGGAUUGACGUGGUUGUGCCCACCCCCCGGUCUGACAGGCAAACCAGGGAGGCCUUUAUAAGGGCUAAGUACAUCGAGAAAAAGUUCUUAACCGAUACGGUCGAGCGCACCCAACAAGAAGAUGUACAAGAGCUUGUCGAGUGCGUAAACAGUGACAAUAUGAACCGGAUGUAUGCCGCUACCGUGUCUAUGGUCGGCGCAGGUAGGCGUUCAAUCGAGGUGCUCAAAACCCCUAUGUCCGAGGAGAGCCCGGAGUCUGGCACAACGUUCCACCUGGCGUGUGCGAAAGGGUGUCUCAUCGCUGUGCAAAUGCUGCUGUGGCUGGGCGCAGAUGUGAACAUGCGGCGGGCGGCCGAUGGACUGUUGCCGGUGGAUAUUGCGGUUGUGGGUGGUCAUGAUAAGGUUGUGGAGCUGCUGCAGAGCCCGGAGGUGACGAGCAUGUCGUCGAUGCAUUGAAUAAACCGCAAUCUCUGCUGAUGUGGAUAUGUUUGGGGUUGUGCUUGUAAAAUAUGUGAUACUGCGGAUGUGUCGGGGCAAUUGAGUGAGAGUUCAAGUAAAGCUUUGGUGCUUUGCUGAUAUCCGGUGGACGCCGUUGCUACGGUUGCGAGUUGUUGCGUCCUGUAUGUAUACACAAACGCGUGCACUCGCCCCCCUCCUUCCGCAAACAACUUUCGACUGCUGAGCGUAUGUAUAUAUAGUGGGUAGGCGAUUGAAUAAGGGAGGGGAGGGUGAAUAGGGUGGACAUAAUCUGGUAGCACGGUUUCAGAAUGACUAGGUCUUUACUACACUUCCAGGGGUGUAACUGGUCCGGGUGUUUUGCCACAUAGCGUUAUUGUAGAAUCCAUGAUCGGCACACGGGACAAUGGUAGUGCUAUACCCCAGCAUGCGUAUUUUUGGUAGUAAGAAGAUCCGGAGUUCUUCUAAGGCGCGGUGGAUAUAACGCCCAGGGCUCUUCGGCGACACUGGCGUAUUCGCAGCAUAGGUUGCCACGUCGAUUCAACCAAGUAGUGCAUGCUAAGCGUUUUGGUGUAUGUUAACACUCCCACUGAACUCAGUGGCUCAGAAUACGCCAAUCCCUCACUGUGAAUAAGAGUACACUGUGUUUUCGAUACUUACAGGGAGUAAACCCAAGCGGCCCGUGGUCCGAGUGUGGGGGUAGUUAAUUGUUAAGUUUGAGAGUUCGAUUCACAUGCUCAGGAGUAGAGCACAUCAAUAUUUGUAGAGCUCACUGAAUAGUAAAUCAUUAAGAAUGUUCUGUGCUUUGCUUCCGCAAUAGUUAAUCAGAUUUGUUGUCUUACCGAUAUUGAAGUCUUGUAUUUGUAAUCAUCACAUCAUCUGAUUGCUCAGUGCGCGCUGUAACUGGCAUUCCUGUCAUCUUAGACAUUAUCUACCAAAACAUCUACCAAAAAAAUAAACUUCUGCCGUA